AUGCAUACAAAUAAAAUGAAUUAACUAUUGGAAGAGAAACAAGAUAUACAGAUAAGUAAUACAUUUCAUUCAAUUAUUGUUAAUAUUAUUGUAGAUAUGAUAACUAAUAAAUUAAAAAUGCAAUUAAGAAUUGAUCCAAAAAUUCCCUUUAAUGCCUUUAUAUAGAAUAUAAUGGGCUACAUAAUUUAAGAUAGAUUAAUAUAUUUGUAUGAAUAGAAAUUUUAAUAUGUUUUGGAAAAUAGUGUAAAUAUAUCACAAAAUGAGUCUUCUUCAUUAAUUAAAUUAGGGUUCACAAAUAAUUGUGAAUUAUACAUAAGCUUUUUAAUUGGAACACCAUUUAACAUACCAAUAUUAGUUAAUGUGGAUUUGCAAUUCGAAAAAAUUUAAUUUUAUUUAAUAUAAUCUUUUAUAGCUCCUAUUUCUUGCAUAUUCCAUGAUAUACUAAAUGAAAUCUAUAACAGAAAGAAAUUUUAGACAAUUGCUUACUUUAAGUUUUUUAUUGGAGGUAGAGAAAUAGAUCCCUUUAAUCCACAGAGAUUAGAUAACUAUUCUUUAGAAUAAGAAAUCAAUUUGAAAAUUAUUCCACGUAAUAAGAAACCUACUUAAUAGGAAAUUGAUAAAAUUAAUUGUCUAUUUACAAACAAACGAUACGAAAAUUCUUAAAUUAUUAUUAAUUAAUUAGAAAGAGACACUUAGGAAUAUUUCAAAGUUUAUUUAACUAAUACUCAAUAGCUAAUUUAAUUCUAUAAAUUCAAACCUAUUUCACAUUUACAAAAUAUGUUACAUGAAAUAGUUUUGGAAAAAGAUUAUGGAAUUUUACGGGAAAAUAAUUUAAAAUGGUAUAUCAAUGGUGAACAAAUAUAUAAUAUUGAUAAUAUUUAUUCUAAUACAAAUCUGCAGAUGGAUGUUAAAUAGUCAUAACAGUUUUAAUCACUUUUUAUUUAUCUAACAGGCAAUUUUAAGGAGAAAAUUAGAAUUAAUCUUUACAGCCCAAAUCUAUAUUAUUAUGAUGAGUAUCUUCCAUUGGAUACUCUAAAAGAUAAGGAUGCACUUGCUAACUAUUUGAUUUUAAAAAUAUUUGGUCCAAAUCUUGUUGAAAAGGAUAUAUCGGUAUUGGAUAUUAGUUAUGGUGGUAGUGAGAUAUACAUUGAGUAUAAUUUUAAAUGCAACAAUUGA